AUGAUCACGUUUCUCUUACGUUGGUUAUUGCUUAUGUGUACAGUAAUAAUCCACUUAUCGAGUCCUGUACACGUAUCCCCGGCAACACACUAUCCACAGGGCUGGCGAGAUGCCCCGGGCUCGUUAAAUGAGUUUCCAGUUGGAGUUAUAAAGGGCAAAACGCAGACAAUCAUCGAUCCUUGGAAUUAUCUACAGAGAAUGGGAGUUUUUAAGCUUAUGGUCAAACACACGGAGCCUUUCUUUAAUUCCUGGGGGUAUAAUAACACUGGUAAUCUCCUCUGGGGAUUGCCGCUUCAGUUCGGAUGGCAAAAGAUAUCCGGUCGCCUUCGUGACAUGAGGAGCAACCAUGGUAAUGUUGGAUGUGGAGACUAUUACGUAUCUCCCAACAGCUGGUGGGCCGAUAUGAACUACUACCUCUCUGUGCUUCCUUUCUUGGGAGCCUUGAAUUCUGGGAUAUUCUCACCGCUUAAGUAUCCUUUGUAUAUCACCAAACCAGCGAACGUGAGCGAGAAAGUCAAACAAAAGUUCUGUACCAGUGUUGAAGAGUGCAAGGUAAAACAUGCUGAGGUGAUACAGGACUGGACAGAGUUUUUCCGGCGAGUUAAGGCUGCUUCUCCUGCAUCCGAUCACGAUGCCACAGUAGCACUGAUGUGGAAGGCGCACACUACAUCUAUUAAACAUGGUGAGUCAAUCAACAGUCCUAAAUCCAUCCACCCCAAAAAGGUCUCUUGUCUUACUGGAACAGGAUAGCGAAAUAAAAAAAACAAUCAGAUUUUGUCUAGCCUAACGGGCGUUAAAGCGUGGGUGGGGGGAAGGGGAAGAAAGACUAAGAAAAAGAAGAAAAAAAAGGGAGAAGGCAUUGGGGCGAGAAAGAUGGAAGGAACGCAUGCGUUUCCUUUCUUUUCUUUCUUACCCUCCCCUUCCCCUCUCCCCUUUAAGCAGGCUGGUUUUUUUUCCUUGAGUGCCCCUCCCCCAAGGGAACACCUAAGAAGCCAAUAGGAAUAGAUUCAGCUAGGGACGUUGUACCUUGGCUUUUGUGAGAUCUACGUUACGAGAGACUGCACCGAGGUACACAGGGAACCCAUCAGCUGGAGCGUCUGAAGACAAAAUUGUCAAGCUAUUUAUAAAAUGAUAUUCCUCCCCAGAAAACUCGCAGCGAAUCAAAGCAGUGUAAAAUCUACCCCAAAAGACGGCUAUUUUCACAGUGACGUGUUCUUUAACUACAGCUGAAUUUGCCAAUCCCACUGAGAUGUAUAAACAGUAGCCUUAAUUUGCACAUGAAAACUGCAAACUGAACGAUUCUGGUAUUUGUAGUCUUGACAGUUAUUCAUAACUUAUCGAAGUUCUGAUGUGAUAGUAGCUCCUCACGAAUUUUGAAUGUUUUGUCACUCCCUAGGGCUUCCCCUAUUCACUGAAGAAGCCAGUCUACUAUCAGAACCAGAGAAGAACUUUGGGGUAGGAUGGGCACUAUCGGUAGAGUUCAUUGCAGCUACCCAUUUUCAAACCAAUCUCAACGAUACGUGUCAACAGCAGUCAUCGUUGCCAUCAAGAAUCUUGAAGAAUGGUGACAUAACUCCCUUCAUCAAGGACCUCACCGGUGCUCAAAAUCGUGUAAUUUUGGCGAUAAACUUGUUUCGGAUCGUAAACACUGAAACCGAGGGAUUGCUGCUAAAAGUCUGGCGCAGAGCAAUGUGUUCACCACAGGGUCGCUCUAUUGGUUUAAAGCUGUUAGAGGACGUGGCAAAUAAACCUUGGAUCAUCCCUAGGAUGUUGAUAUCACUGCUCAAGGCCCUUUUUAAGUAUCCUUGCCAAUACAAACUGACGUUACCCAAUUGA